AUCCCAUAUCACUUUGUCCAUCAAGAUAUCAUCCCUCUUCUUCUAACACCUGCUGCCUUGCUAACAUCAGUAUAGAUUUAGCAUAGCAGGUAGCAGCCCACAAGCCUUCUUCUUAAGUUUAGACCAUAAUGUCGUCCAGAAGCUCGCGUUCUAGGCGCUCAUCUGUGCCUUCUAGCAACAUUUCUGAUGAACAAAUUGCUGAUUUGAUCUCCAAGUUACAGCAACUCAUCCCUGAGAUUCGCAAUGCCCGUUCCUCCUCCAGGGUAUCAGCUUCAAAGGUUCUUCAAGAGACCUGCAACUACAUAAGAAGCUUACAAAGAGAGGUGGGCGACUUAAGCGACCGAUUAUCAGAGCUGUUGCUAUCAACUGACCCUGAAAGUGCUCAGGCUGCCAUUAUUAGAAGCUUACUCAUGUAAUAAUGAAUGAUCUAUUAUCUCUAUCAUUCUUCUUCUUCUUCU